CACAGGUGAGUGGCGUGACGUCAUACAGGAAGUGGUCAGUGGGACGUGUGUGUGUGUGUGUGGUCUGGAGUGGGCGCUUUUGUCUUUUGAGCUCGAAAAGUUCGGCUGUAAAGUUCACCGGCUGGAAUCCGCUCGAGCUGCUGGAGGCAUGUGCACGUUCGAUAAGGACAAAGGCCCCAGAAGGCUGAUGCAGAAGGGUUUAAUGCUCAUCCUGAUCGGACAUAUCAACUUCAUCCUUGGAGCUAUUGUCCACGGCAGCGUCCUGCGCCACAUCUCCAAGCCCAGCCACAACAUCACCACGGAGUACACCGUGGCCAACAUCAUCUCCGUCACCUCCGGCCUGCUGAGCAUUGCCACUGGGAUCAUUGCCAUUGUGAUGUCAAGGAACCUUCAUGUGGUGAAGCUGCAAAUCGGGCUUCUGAUCGCCUCGUUCCUCAACGCCCUGCUGUCGGCCGCGUGCUGCGCCGGCCUCCUCCUCGCCAUCAGCAUCACGGUCGCUCACGGCGGGCAGGGGCUGAUGCUGGGCUGCAACGACACGCAGGCGCCCGUCAACGCGCGCUCGCCCGUCGGCGCCCAGUGUCCGUUCGACACGACGCGCAUCUACGACACCACCCUGGCGCUGUGGAUCCCCUGCGCCGUGCUGUCGGCGGCGGAGGCCGGGCUGUCUGUCUGGUGCUUCGUCGUGGGGCUGGCGCUCAGAGGCCUGGCUCCCUGUGGCAGCAGCUACAUCAAAGAGCAGUUGGAGGAAGAGGCAGGGAGCUCUCCCCACAGCCGACGCCUGAUGGGCCGGCGCGCGGACCCCGAUGCCUGACCAAACAAAGCGCAGGAGGGACCUCGACCUGUAGGCGAAAGUCAGAGGAAAAGGUGCUGCGUAUGAAUCAUCUUCAUGUUUUGUUGAGAUGAUCAAAUUUGCACUGCAGCCGUUUUGGUAGAUGACUGUAGUGGAAUCAGCUUCAGGAGACGCCGGCGAACGGCUUUAUUUGAUUUGACUCGAACCUUUAAUCGUGGAUAUGAAGGAUCUAAUUAUCGAAGCACCAGUAGGAUCCUGUCAGUGGUCACACACACACGUUUCUAUGGUCGCUUAAACCACCAGCUAAUUUACGUGCUACUAUUUUAUGUAUUUUACUAUUUUUACAUUUUGUUAUUUUCUCUGUCUACAGUGUCAUGUAUUAGCUUUGUGCCAGAAUAAUCGAAUGUAGAGAAAAACACAGCGUGUUUCAGACAUCGCUGUAUAUGAAAAUGUAGAGCUGAGACACUCCAGGAGGAUUAAAUUAAAGCAUGUUUGACAUA